AACGAAACCAAAAGUUUGCAUUUGGUGAGACGCCAUUUCAGAUUGCUGAACCAAAGACUACAAGUUCUAUCAUAUUUAUUGGAGAGCACCGCUUGUCAAAAUGAGUCUCUCUGAGGAGAGAGAGGAGGGAGAUCCUGUUCAGAACCAGAGAGCAACAUCUCCAGAGCCCAGCUGUGUGUCUAUGAAAAGUGAUGAAUCCAUGAGAAUCCCUGUCACCUUCAGUGAUGGAAAAGUGAUCUUCAACCCGAGGAGAGCAAAACUUGUCAAAAUGAGUCUCUCUGAGGAGAGAGAGGAGGGAGAUCCUGUUCAGAACCAGAGAGCAACAUCUCCAGAGCCCAGCUGUGUGUCUAUGAAGAGUGAUGAAUCCAUGAGAAUCCCUGUCACCUUCAGUGAUGGAGAAGUGAUCUUCAACCCCAGAGAUGAUCAGACUGGAGAACUGCAGGAUUCUCACCUACCAAAAGAUGAUGAACUACAGAAAGCCAAAGACCAACACAAAACCAGCAUGAAGAACAAGAAUGAGAGCUUAUUUGAGGGAAUCAAACUACAAGAGAAUCAAACUCUUCUGAACAGGAUCUACACACAGCUGUACAUCAUAGAGGGAGAAAGUGAAAAGGUGAAUGAAGAACAUGAGGUUUUGCAUAUGGAGAAAACUCCCAGAACACAACCCUCACAAGACAUUCCAAUCAGCUGCAAUGACAUCUUUAAACCUUUGGCUGAACCAGGAUGUGAGCAGAAAGACAAAAUAAAAGUUGUUCUUACUAAAGGCAUUGCUGGAAUUGGAAAAACCGUCUCUGUGCAGAAGUUCAUUCUGGACUGGGCUGAGGGAAAAGCCAAUCAGGAUGUAGAUUUCAUGUUUGUGCUUGCAUUUCGGGAGAUAAACUUGAUUAAAGAAGAUCAGUACAGUCUUCACAGACUUCUGGUUGACUUCAAUCCUGAACUUCAAAAUCUGGACUCAAAGAUUUAUGAGGAGUGCAAAGUUGUGUUCAUCUUUGAUGGUCUGGAUGAAAGCAGAAUUACACUGAUGUUUUCAGACAGUGAGAAAGUUUCUGAUGUAAAUGAGUCUUCAUCAGUGGGUGUGUUGAUGUCAAACCUCAUAAGAGGAGAGCUGCUUCCCUCUGCUCACAUCUGGAUCACCUCCAGACCAGCAGCAGCCAAUCAGAUCCCCUCCAAAUACAUCAACCGUGUGACAGAAAUUCAAGGAUUCAGUGACCCUCAGAAGGAAGAAUAUUUCAGGAAAAAAAUUAAUGAGGAGCAUCAAGCCAGCAGAAUCAUCUCACACAUUCGAAGAUCAAGAAGCCUCCACAUCAUGUGCCACAUACCCGUCUUCUGCUGGAUCUCAGCCAAUGUGCUUCAAAACCUCCUGAAACAAGAUGACAGUGUAGAAAUCCCUCAAACUCUGACUGAAAUGUACAUCCACUUCCUACUCAUUCAGAUAAACACAAGGAAUCAGAAGUAUGAAGAGAGAGAUCCAAAGAAACUCUUGCAGUCCAACAGAGAAGUGAUUUUGAAACUUGCUGAACUGGCUUUCAAACAGUUGAUGAAGGGCAAUGUUAUGUUUUAUGAGGAGGAUCUAAGUGAGUGUGGCAUAGACAUCACUGAUGCCUCAGUGUAUUCUGGGAUUUUCACUGAGAUCUUUAGGGAGGAAUCUGUGAUUCAUCACAGGAAAGUCUACUGCUUCAUACAUCGGAGCUUUCAAGAGUUUCUAGCAGCUUUAUGUGUAUUUUACUCCCAUCUAAUGAAGAAAAUGGAAUCAUUGCAGUUUUUUCUGGAUAACAAAACUGAGAGCUACACAUCUAAGCCAAAGUCUUUGUGUGAGCUUCUAAAAUCUGCAGUUACUAAAACUCUUCAGAGUAAUAAUGGUUACCUGGAUCUUUUUCUGCGGUUCCUGUUGGGCAUCUCACUGGAGUCUAAUCAGAGACUCUUAGAGGAUCUACUGACACAUACAGAAAAAAGCUCAGAGACCAUCAGAGAAACCACACAGUACAUUAAAGACAAAAUUAAGGAAAGUUAUGGUCUAUUAGCUGACAGAUCCAUCAGUCUGUUCUUCUGUCUUCUUGAAGUAAAUGAUCAGACUCUGUACAGAGAGAUUCAGGAGUUUGUGAAAUCGGGUGAACAUUCAGAGAAUAAACUCUCCCCUGGUCACUGCUCAGCAAUAACCUACAUUCUUCAGAUGUCAGAGGAAGUACUGGAUGAAUUUGAUCUCAUGAAAUACAACACAUCAAAUGUGGGUAGAAGGAGACUAAUACCAGCUGUGGUUAACUGCAGAAAAGCUCUACUUGUUGGGUGUAAUCUUUCUGAUCAGCACUGUGAAAGUUUGUCUUCAGCUCUGCGAUCAUCAAACUCCCGUCUGACAGAGCUGAACCUGAAUAACAAUAACCUGCAGGAUUCAGGAGUGAAGCUACUCUCUGUUGGACUGAAGAGUUCAGACUGUCAACUGAACAUACUGAGAUUGACAGGUUGUAGAUUGACUGGUGAGUGCUGUGAAAGUCUGUCUUCAGCUUUACAGUCAUCGAACUCCCAUCUGAGAGAGCUGGACCUCAGUAACAAUAGCCUGCAGGAUUCAGGAGUAAAGCAGCUGUCUGUUGGACUGAAGAGUUCACAUUGUCAACUGAACAUACUGAGAUUGGUCACCUGUAAUAUCACUGGUCAGUGCUGUGACAGUUUGUCUUCUGCUCUACAAUCAUCAAACUCGCAUCUGAGAGAGCUGGACCUGAGUAACAAUGACCUGCAGGAUUUAGGAGUGAAGCGGCUGUCUGCUGGACUGGAGAGUUCACACUGUCAACUGAACAUACUGAGAUUGUCUGGCUGCAUGGUGACAGAGGAGGGCUGUUGUUAUCUGUCUUCAGCUCUAAAAUCCUCACACUUGACAGAACUGGAUCUGAGCUACAAUCACCUAGGACAUUCAGGAGUCAAGCUGCUGUCUGAUAGACUGAACCAUUCAAGCUGCACAUUGGACAAACUUAAUGUGGAUCAUGGAGGAGAGUUGAGGAUUACAGCAGGACUACACAAAUAUGCCUGUGAUCUCACACUGGAUCCAAACACAGCACACACUUGCCUCAUUUUAUCUGAGAAGAACAGAAAGGUGACAAAUGUGGAAGAGUAUCAAUCGUAUCCUGAUCAUCCAGAGAGAUUUGAUGGGUGUCCUCAGGUUCUUUCUAGAGAAAGUCUGUCUGAACGCUGUUACUGGGAGGCUGAAUGGAGUGGAAAUGCUAUUAUAUCAGUGACAUAUAAAGGAAUCAGAAGAAAAGGAGGAAGUUGUUCCUGUGAAUUUGGAUACAAUAAAAACUCCUGGAGUCUAAUAUGCUUUAAUAACAGAUUUACUGUUUGGCACAAUCUUAUUUCCAUUGACAUAUGUGUUCCUUCACACUCCUGUAGAAGAGUUGGAGUGUAUGUGGAUUUGUCAGCUGGCAUUCUGUCCUUCUACAGUGUCGCUGACACAAACACACUCACUCAUUUGCACACAUUCAACAACACAUUCACUGAGUCUCUCUAUGCUGGAUUUACAGUUUUUGAUUCUGUGUCUCUGUGUCAGUAAGUAAAAAGAGAACAGCACAGUGUAAGAGUCACAGCACAGAUCAGCAUGGUGUAUGUCAUUUGCGUUUGUGUGAGUAUAUGUGUGUGUGUGUGUGUUUGUGUGUUUGAGUGUAUUUUAAGUGCAAUUACAAAGCAAUUACUUGGUUUGGUCAAACUCUGAAACAUGAAAUGUGGAGUUAUCUGCUUUUGCCAAAAAACAAACUUUUAAUAUGGAAAAAAAAAAAAAAAACAUUUUCAAUGAACCUUAAUCUUUUAAGUUACUUGUAUUUUUUGGAGUUAUUAUUACUUAAUCAAAACAACCCAACUGCAGUUUGAUUGAUAUUACUUUGAAUGCACAAUAAAAAAUGGAGUUAUGUUUUUGCAAAUUAACUCUUCAAAUGUUCUGUUUAACACAAGCGAGUUUAUAUUUGUUUCUUAUUUAUUUGGUUCCACAGUGUUUGCUGUUUUUCAGUUUUUUAUUUAAAUUUUGUGCAAGUUAUUUGUUAUUUUAUAUUAGGCCUAUAGCAUGAUAUAUGCCAUGCUUAUUCGCUUUAAUUAAGCUGUCUUAUUCCUUUUGUUAAUAAAAGUUAUCUGUUUAAUAUAA